GACUCUGGGCUCAAGAUGGUGGCAGCAGUUGUGUUGCUACAGUCCUGUCCAGUGCUCUCUAGGGGCCCCCGAGGCUUCCUAGGUAAAGUGGCUAAGACUUACCAGUUCCUAUUUGGUACUGGACGCUGCCCCAUCCUGGCCACCCAUGGACCAACUUGUUCUCAAAUCCACCGUAAGGCAACCAAAGCUGGAGGAGACUCUCCGUCUUGGGCCAAGAGCCAUUGUCCUUUCAUGAUGUCAGAACUUCAAGAUGGGAAGAGCAAGAUUGUGCAGAAGGCAGCCCCAGAAGUCCAAGAGGAUGUCAAGACUUUCAAGACAGACCUGCUGAGCUCCUUGGAUUCAAGCAUCCCAAGCCAACCAUUCCCUAGUUUCCAGGACCCAGAGCAGAUUGAAAGGGCGAUUACACACCUGAUUCACAACAAUAUGACUGGAAGCCAGGUCUUUGGUUAUGACCAAUUUUUCAGAGACAAGAUCAUGCAGAAGAAACAGGACCACACCUACCGUGUGUUUAAGACUGUGAAUCGCUGGGCUGAUGCGUACCCCUUUGCCCAACACUUCUCUGAGGCAUCUAUGGCCUCACAGGAUGUUUCUGUCUGGUGUAGUAAUGACUAUUUGGGCAUCAGCAGGCACCCUCGUGUCUUGCAGGCCAUACAGGAGACCCUGAAGAAUCAUGGAGCUGGAGCUGGUGGUACUCGCAAUAUCUCAGGUACCAGCAAGUUCCACGUAGAACUUGAACAGGAGCUGGCUGAGCUACACCGGAAGGACUCAGCCCUGCUCUUCUCCUCCUGUUUUGUGGCCAAUGAUUCUACUCUCUUUACACUGGCCAAGCUUCUGCCAGGCAAGGCCUUUGGCUGCGUUGGUGGCUAUAUUGCCAGCACUCGGGACUUGGUGGACAUGGUGCGCCCCUAUGCUGCAGGCUUCAUCUUCACCACUUCCCUGCCUCCCAUGGUGCUCGCUGGGGCUCUAGAAUCUGUGCGUCUACUCAAGGGAGAGGACGGGCAAGCCCUAAGGCGGGCACACCAGCGCAACGUCAAGCAUAUGCGCCAGCUACUAAUGGACAGGGGGUUUUCUGUCAUCCCCUGUCCCAGUCACAUCAUCCCCAUCAGGGUGGGCGAUGCAGCACUCAACAGCAAGAUCUGUGAUCUCCUGCUCUCCAAGCACAGCAUCUAUGUGCAGGCCAUCAACUACCCAACUGUGCCCCGGGGCGAGGAGCUGCUGCGCUUGGCACCCUCCCCCCACCACAGCCCGCAGAUGAUGGAAAACUUUGUGGAGAAGUUGCUGCUAGUCUGGACUGAGGUGGGGCUGCCCCUCCAGGAUGUGUCUGCGGCUGCAUGCAAUUUCUGUCAUCGUCCCGUACACUUUGAGCUUAUGAGUGAGUGGGAGAGAUCCUACUUUGGGAACAUGGGGCCCCAAUAUGUUACCACCUAUGCCUAAGAAGCCAGCUGCCUUGAAUGCCCAUGCCACCUGCACUCCAUUUGGGGCUGGGCUUCUUCCUGCUCUCUGCUUUGUUGUGUGUUUCUAGCUGAUUUGAUUCUGAAAAUAAAGAGCAACCUGAAGCA